AUGUCUUGCAUUGCUCAGACUUCGUGGGCAAUUACGCUGCAGGAACGGAGGGAGACCACGUUUGAGAAGAUCGAGAGGAAGGCCACGUUUGCCAAGACCGCAAGGAAGGCCACGUUUGACAAGAUCCCAAGGAAGGCCACGUUUACCAAGGCCCCAAGGAAGACCACGUCUGACAAGGCCAAGAGGAAGGCCACGUUUACCAAGGCCCCAAGGAAGGCCACGUUUACCAAGGCCCCAAGGAAGGCCACGUUUACCAAGGCCCCAAGGAAGGCCACGUUUGCCAAGGCCGAGAGGAAGGCCACGUUUACCAAGGCCAAGAGGAAGGCCACGUUUAUCAAGGCCCCAAGGAAGGCCACGUUUGCCAAGGCCCCAAGGAAGGCCACGUUUACCAAGGCCCCAAGGAAGGCCACGUUUGGCAAAAACUUUGGCUAA